GUUAUUUUCUGCUGUUGCAUUUACUUUCUCUCAUGUCAUUAGUUGUAUUUCUAAUUGAUGAUGUGUUGACCUCUGAGGGCCAGUUUGAGACUUCUGUCUUGUUUUAUAGCCAACAUGAAUCAGACACUUUUCCCCUUGUUUUAAAAACCUCUUCUCCAGCGGUCCAGGAUGCUCCUGUAGGCGGUGGCACUGAGGGUGAAGCCGCAGUCAUGCCGUGUUCCUGUGCAGAGUGGAGGAGGUGGAUCCGGCCACUGGUUUUGGUUCUGUACGCUUUGCUGCUGGUGGCCGUGCUGCCGCUCUGCAUCUGGGAGCUGCAGAAAGAUCAGGUUGGCACUCACAGUAAAGCUUGGUUUAUCGCCGGCGUGUUUGUCUUCCUCACCAUCCCAAUCUCACUCUGGGGGAUUCUGCAGCACAUGGUGCACUACACACAACCGGAACUGCAGAAACCCAUCAUCAGGAUACUAUGGAUGGUGCCAGUCUACAGUUUGGACAGUUGGCUGGCUCUGCGUUAUCCCAGCCUAGCGAUCUACGUGGACACAUGCAGGGAGUGCUACGAGGCCUACGUCAUCUACAACUUCCUGGUGUUCCUGCUGAAUUUCCUCAGUAACCAGUAUCCCAGUCUGGUGCUGAUGCUGGAGGUCCAGCAGCAGCAGCCACACCUCCCGCCGCUCUGCUGCUGCCCAGCCUGGCCAAUGGGAGAGGUUCUGCUCUUCAGGUGUAAGCUGGGAGUCCUCCAGUACACUGUGGUCAGACCUGUAACCACGGUGAUAGCGCUGAUGUGUCAGCUGUGUGGGGUUUAUGAUGAAGCCAACUUCAGUUUCAGAAGUGCCUGGUCCUACUUGGUCAUCAUUAACAACAUAUCGCAGCUGUUUGCCAUGUACUGUCUGGUGCUGCUGUACCGAGCUCUCAGAGAGGAGCUGACUCCCAUCAGACCCAUGGGCAAGUUCCUCUGUGUCAAACUGGUCGUGUUUGUCUCCUUCUGGCAGGCUGUGGUUAUCGCGUUCCUGGUGAAAGUUAGCGUGAUUUCGGAAAAACAUACGUGGGAUUGGGACAGCGUGCAGGCCGUGGCAACAGGACUGCAGGACUUUAUCAUCUGCAUAGAGAUGUUCCUGGCUGCCAUCGCUCACCACUACACCUUCACCUACAAACCCUACGUACAGGAAGCAGAAGAAGGUUCAUGUUUUGACAGCUUCCUGGCCAUGUGGGAUUUUUCUGACAUCAGAGCUGAUGUCAGCGAGCAGGUCCGCCACGUUGGUCGAACAUUCCUGGGUCGUCCCAACAAGAUGUAUUUUGGUGCGACACUGCGGGCCGAACACACGGAGCACACAGGCCUCCUCGCUGCUGCCGCGCAAGACCCUGCUGUCACGGUGGCCGCCUCAAUGCCAUCUUCUCCUUCCUCCAGUGGGAGGUACCAAGGCCUAGGCCACACUCCCGCCUCACAUUCUAUCUCUGCUCCUGCAGGAUUCAUUUCAGCUUCCUGGGAGGACGACAGCGAUCAAUCCACACCGUCACCUCCACAGGGGGGCCACGCCCACUAGCAGGGUGGUACCGCGGCAAUGUUUGAUGAGUUUCUUGGACACGAAAACUGUUCAUUCAUAAACACUGAAUAAAUCUAUUUAUGCGUGGAUUUUCUGAGAAA